AUGAAGCACGAAGUGCUAGACCCCGUCGAUGAGGCCGACAUUGCCAAUGCCAAGAAUAAAGCAAACCUUCCUGCUCCCACUUCCAUGGGCUUAACUAGCCAGAAUGUCAACACCUCUCCCGACGCUGUACAUGGACAGCCUACUACUACCACAGCCCAAGAUGCUGCUUCAGCUAGCGGCGACCAUCGACAACUUCAUGGAGAGGGACAUUCCGCAUCAGCCACUGGCGCCGACAACCCAGCUGUAGCUGCAGCUCCAUUCGGCGGCCGGCUCCGAGUGCGGAACCGUUAUUCUGGCUCAAUCGUUAGGGUACCCCAGUACGUGCCGAGCCAGACAACCCAGACCUGGUACGUCUGUGAGGUUCCAGGAUGCGGCCGUCGGUUCCAACACAAGAGCUCGCGCACUUGCCACUGCAAGACUCAUCACCUCACGACGAACUGA